GCCAGUACAGUAGAGCAAUUCAAACCGCCGAAUCGAGCAAACCGCUUACCGCUUGCCGCUUACCGGAUAACCGCGUUCCGUUUCCCUCCGCUUCCAUUCGAUUUUGACCGUCGUCGUCGUCGGUUUAGCCAGAUGUCCACGUGAAAAAGUGUGAUAUAUCCGAAAAUCGGGGGGGUCAAUAGCAGCCGGUAGCUUAGUGGGCCGAACCCAGCCAUCCAUACAUCCAUCCAUUUACCAUUUUUACCACUCGGUGGGUCUCUUUUGGGGGAUCGUUUUGCAUUUUUAUCGCGGUGUCGUGUUUUUCGGUGUGCGAUUUUCCCCACAUUCCCCCCGUGUGUGUGCUGUGUGCUGUGCGAGGUGUUCUUGGAACAGAGAAAUACUAACGAUACGCUGGCAGAAAUCCACGGUUGGAAUAUUCGCUUCGAGUUAUACAUAUAAGGCUUGAACCGGAUUUAUUUAUUAAUUAUACAUACGAUUGUUUGAUGACCAAAACAAAAAUUGGCGGACAACAAAACCUGAGCUUGGAUUUACCGAAACCGAAAACCACACACACUCAGACCGAUUUCGAUAUAUAAAUGAUCUCGCCCAUCAAUUUAAUUUAAUCAAAAACCAUAACUCAAAUUCAAUGAACAAAUAAAAUUGCGCCAAUAAGCGAUCAAUAAAAGCGGGAAAACAAUUUCGCACGAGACAACGGGCAGUACAUCACCCGGGAAUCGCAUUGCCAUCUGGCAACGUUGUCGGCCGGCGCUUGUAACGGUUCUUCUGGAGAAUUUACUCACGCCUAGGAUCGGAGCACAGGCACAGGCAUGGGAAACUCGUCGUCUCACACGCACGAACCACUCGAGCGCGGCUUCACACGCGGAAAAUUCGGGGACGUUAAAAAUGGGAAAUCCGCCUCCUUCCGGUUUAGCAAGAAAUCGCCGAAGAAAAUGGAUCGUCUGCGUCGCUCCUUCCGCGACUCGUUCCGUCGCCGCAAGGAUCGCGUUCCCGAGUCCUCGAAGCCGCACCAGUGGCAGGCCGACGAGGAAGCUGUGCGAUCGGCCACCUGCUCCUUCUCGGUGAAGUAUCUGGGCUGCGUGGAGGUGUUUGAGUCGCGUGGAAUGCAGGUCUGCGAGGAGGCCCUCAAGGUCUUAAGGCAAUCCCGACGUCGUCCUGUCCGCGGACUACUCCAUGUCAGUGGCGAUGGCCUGCGUGUGGUGGACGAUGAGACCAAGGGCCUGAUUGUGGACCAGACCAUCGAGAAGGUCAGCUUCUGUGCCCCAGAUCGCAACCACGAGCGCGGCUUCAGCUACAUUUGCCGGGAUGGAACCACGCGUCGUUGGAUGUGCCAUGGAUUCCUAGCCUGCAAGGACUCCGGCGAGCGACUGUCUCACGCUGUGGGCUGCGCCUUUGCCGUGUGCCUGGAGCGGAAGCAGCGGCGCGACAAGGAGUGCGGAGUGACGAUGACCUUCGACACCAAGAACUCGACCUUCACGCGUACCGGAUCCUUCCGCCAACAGACAUUGACAGAGCGCCUGGCCAUGGCAACCGUGGGCACCAACGAGCGCAGUGUGGACGGUCCGGUAUCGGGAUCGAUGCCGGGUCCACCGGCAGCCACAGUUAAGCCGUUCAAUCCAUUCGCCAUCGAACGCCCCCAUGCCACGCCCAACAUGCUGGAGCGUCAGAGCUCCUUCCGCCUGAGCACGAUCGGCAGCCAGUCGCCGUUCAAGCGCCAGAUGUCGCUGCGCGUCAACGAUCUUCCGUCCAACGCCGAUCGCCAGCGAGCCUUCCUCGCUGCCGCCGCCGGGAAUCCGCUGCAGACGCCGCUGCGCAGUGUCUCACCCAUUGCCGAGGUGUCGCCGGCCAAGUCUGGAGCUGGAGCGGAUCAGUCGGCCGCCGCAGCGGCUGCCGAUUCCGUGAGCCAGCUGUGCCAGGAGCUCAGCCAGGGCCUGUCGAUGUUGUCUCAGUCGGAUGCUCUUUUGGCCGCCGGCGAUGAUCUGAACUUUAACAACAAUCGCAGCAUCAACCAGAACAUCAUAGCCGCCGAGAAGCAGGGCCAGCACGUGAUCUCGUACAGUGCCACGCCCACGGCGCAGGUGACGCCCCGAGUGGUCAGCACAACGCCCACUUACCAAACGCUCCACUCGCAGCAGUCGCCCACGCGAUCCGAGCAGAGCAUCGAGGCCACCACGGAGCUGCCCAAUGCCGAGCAGUGGCUGGGUCAGGUGGUGCGUAGUACUUCCCCGGCUGCUCCCAAGCGGCCCAGCUACCUGGCCAAUGUGGGUCGAGCUCAAACGCUAGCCAGUGGAACUGGAGGAGGAGGUGGUCCGGAUGAUCCCUUCGAUGCCGAGUGGGCGGCCAAUGUGGCGGCGGCUAAGCAACUGUCACCGGAUAUGCCGGUGCCGAGCACCUCUCGCUCGCCGCUGGCCAGGCACAGCACCAACCCGUUCAUCUCACCGCCUAAGGCUCCGGCGCAGACAUUCCAGGUGCAGCUCUAGGAAGCAGAGGAACGGGGACUAUCAGGGGGACAAAGUGUGGUUCGCUUGAAAAAGACGUAACUUAGUUUAAAGAACAGGAGCAGCAGGAGCGGGCCGAGCACAGAUGUUCAGAGAUCGAAGGUGCGAGGAUGGAUGGAUGGAUGGAUGGAUGAUGGAUGGAGGUUAUCAGAGAUACUUAACGCAAACAUAACUAAUGUUGAAAUAUGCAAAUAGAGAACCUAAGAUACAGCUAUUUAUACGCAGAACGCAUCAAGUAAACAGUAAACACACCAACUUGUGGCGCUUAGCACUAGGCCAAAACACAAAAUGCCGCUUCAAAUAACGAAAGAAAACAUGAAUUCACUAGCUCUUGAGAGAUCUUAUACCGGAAAUCAGGCUUUUAAGAGGGCCCUUAGACUCGUUUAUCUAGCAUAAUGGAAACAGCCCUCUCUGGUGACUACGACUGAUUCAGUAUAAGAUCCCUUGGACCCUCACACCACCACCCCCCUCAAACAAUUGACCAAGCUACCAAGUUACCCACGAAGACCACCAUAAAAAAGCAAAUUAAAAACGAAACAAAACAAAAAAUCCUAUAAAUGGCACCAUUUAAACUUAAAGGCAACAUCUGUAUUAUACUUUGGUAAUACCCUUCCAAUACUUGUUGAUCGAUCCCACUAAGAGUAUAGAUUAAAUAAAUAAAUCUACAAGUACGUUGCUAAUUAGGAACCUCUAUGUCUAGAGCCAAUUAUUAUUAUUUUGUCAGUGUCGUCAGUGUCAGCGGAAUACCGUUUUUAUCUAUCAAAUCUUUUAUUAUUUAAUUUAAUUUUUAAAUCUGUACAAAAUGUAUUAUACUUAAAUUAUAAAUAUAAUUUAAAAAUAAACAAAAAACGAAACGGAAAAAAAAAACAUGAAUGAACUCAAAGUUAUUUCAACUUGCAAAACAAGCAGCUAAAUAAAAGGCGACUAAAUAGAAACAAAUAAAGUUAUAUAUAUAAAGAUAAAGCUAUACAUAUUAAAUAUUGUAAAAGACAGCGCAACUUAACAGAAACGAUAAAUACAUUUGAUUUGUGUGCUUCAUGAGAA